GGGUGUGGGGGCGAGGCGGCGACGAGGGCGGCGACACUCUCCUCCCCUCGGCUCCACGGCGUGGGACGGCGCGGACGUGGUUUCGGAGGGAUGUCCGCCUUCUCUGAGGCGGCGCUGGAGAAGAAGCUGUCCGAGUUGAGCAACUCGCAGCAGAGCGUGCAGACCCUGUCCCUGUGGCUCAUCCACCAUCGCAAACACUCGCGGCCCAUCGUCACGGUGUGGGAGCGGGAGCUCCGCAAAGCCAAACCCAACAGGAAGCUUACUUUUCUCUACCUGGCCAAUGAUGUCAUUCAGAACAGCAAAAGGAAAGGACCGGAGUUCACCAAAGACUUUGCACCAGUCAUAGUGGAAGCAUUCAAGCAUGUUUCAAGUGAAACUGAUGAAAGUUGUAAGAAGCACCUUGGCAGAGUGUUGUCUAUUUGGGAAGAGCGAUCUGUGUAUGAAAACGAUGUGUUAGAGCAACUUAAGCAUGCUCUAUAUGGAGAUAAGAAGACGAGGAAGCGGACUUACGAACAAAUAAAGGUGGAUGAGAAUGAAAAUUGUUCCUCUUUAGGGUCCCCAAGUGAACCACCACAGACUCUCGACCUUGUUAGAGCAUUACAAGAUUUAGAAAAUGCAGCCUCAGGUGAUGCAGCAGUCCAUCAGAGGAUAGCUUCUUUGCCUGUGGAAGUUCAAGAAGUGUCCCUGCUUGAGAAAAUAACAGAUAAAGAAUCUGGAGAAAGGCUUUCUAAAAUGGUAGAGGAUGCUUGUAUGUUGCUGGCAGACUAUAAUGGCAGACUGGCGGCAGAAAUAGAUGAUAGAAAGCAACUCACUCGAAUGUUAGCGGAUUUUCUUCGUUGUCAAAAGGAAGCCCUUGCAGAGAAAGAACAUAAAUUGGAAGAAUAUAAGCGCAAACUAGCCAGAGUUUCCCUGGUGCGCAAAGAACUCAGAGCCCGGAUCCAGAGCCUGCCAGAUUUGUCUCGACUGCCCAAUGUCACUGGCAGUCACAUGCACCUGCCCUUUGCUGGGGACAUCUACGGUGAAGAUUGAUGGCCAGUCUCCUCCAAGGCCAGGACUUUGCCAGACAUGGAGACAGGUUAGGUGAAUAGUCCUGUAGAGUUAUUUUUGUACAUUGUUGAGAGAGUGGUCCAAACACAAGAAAUGACAAGGAAGUAUAAAUGGUUUAAGUGUUGGUUUGUUUACUAUUUUAUUAGUGAGUUAACAUGACUUAGUUAAAACCAAGUGAUUUCUGUGUAUUAAUGAGCUUAAAAUAGUGAUUAUUUUCAAAAGAUCUUUUUGUAAGUUUGGUUUUUUGAUCCAAGGUCUUGUGAGAAAUUCUGUUUCUAUUUCUUCAUGUAUUUUCAAUUGUUUUUCUUUAUAUUUUUCAGUAUCUAAUCACUGUACACUAUCUAAUUCCUAAUGAGAAGAACUGACCAAGAGCUGAUAUGAGACUGUAUUAUGGUAUCGUUAGGACUUGAUUAUAGAAGAAACUAAAUGUUUCAACCUCACCUUUUCCCUUUUUGCCACCCAAAUAGUGGUUCUGUGUGUCCUCAUGCCUUUGAGUUUUUUAUUCCCUAGAGGUCAGUAACAACACUAGACAUGGAUGCCACGUGGAGGGUCAAAUUAAAGCUUAUAGAGCAUUUCCCCUAUAGAGUAAUUUCAUCCCAAAUGCCAAUCCAGAACAAAAGGCCUGUUAAAUAGACCCCUUGAUUACACUGUAGAACUAAGUGCAUUUCAUGAUUUUGAGAAUGUUUUAAGUGUUGACGUCCUACCAAGAGGCCAAGAGCACAGCUGACUGCUUCUGUGAGGUCAGUCACCUUAUAUCAUUGAUCCCUUUAACAAAAUCCCAGCCAUGGGGAGUAAAGGAAAUGUCAGACAGUGACAUGCUUAUUCCCUUGUCCAUGUAAUGUAAAAUAGCACUUAGCUUGAGUAGCUCAAGAACUCAGUAUCCAUAUGUUCAUUUAAGUAGCCUGGAACAUUUUAUUUCCUUAAGGUUUUUGAAUAACUGUAUAUUGGGAAUUCAGCAGUGCUAUACUACAGGGUAGAUCUGGUGAAUUUUAUACUUGUAUGUUUACAGAUGUAAAUACAAAGCAACUGUACCUUUACUCCAUCCUGGUGUGUUAGAGCAGGUGCAUGCUCUCCAGCUUUCUUUUAAGUUACAUUGUGAACCUGCAGGUUUGUAUUUGAUAGUGACAAGGGGGACUAAUUUUCUCCUUCAUUGCUUUGCAUUUCUCAUUGUAAUCAGAGUCAAACUAGUUAGUUAAUAGAACACCUUUUAAAUUCCACAGGCCAAUUAUAUCUUGCUACUCUGAAUGGCUACUCUGUUUCUUACUCGGUAUUAGAGACUAUAGUUGAAAUGAAUUUACAUGUGAAGGAAUGACAGAUAAUUUAUCUUUAAUAGUCAGUAGAUUGGGAAACAGUGCUUUUAACAAUUUGACCUCUCUCCAAAACAGUUACAUGUAUGGCAUCAUCCAUCCCCUGCAUGUCCUGUCUUCCAGUGCUUUAGACAACUUUUGGGAGUUAGGACACAUUUCCUCAUAGAACCUAUAGCAGGUUCUCUGUGCACACUCCUGAAGCUCAGUCGGGAGCCAAAUCCACUUGACCACAGAUGUACUUAACUUGUACGGUGGCUGAGGAGUGCUCCUGGCACAUCCUGAGCCCCAUUUGUCACGGGCUUGUGUGCAUGCGGCAGCCAGACGCUCACAGUGGGGUGUCUGCCAGUGCUGCUGUCUUUUCCCUAGGUAUAGGGAUGGAAGAAAAGAUGCAGCAGAGGGUGGACAGAUGCACAUUACACACCCUGGUUAUGCCUGGUUUGAAAGUAUGCCAAGUAAGUUAGUUUUUUGUUGUUGAUGUUCUUGAAAGCAAAAGUUUUGUGUGUUAACUUAUUUUCAGUAUCUUGAACUUAUUUAUGAUUUGCUGACGUGGUGAUUUAUCCAUCUAAGAUAGAUCCUUUUUUUCCAUUUAAAACUAAUUUAUAAAUGGUGUACUCUUGGGAAGAUACAAAAUCUUUUAGAAGUUUGCUGAAAUAUUUUCACCAUGAAGACAGACUUAGAUACUCUUUUGAUGCCAGUAUCUGAUCUAAAUAUUUAUGAUAAAAUGUAUUAUUUUUUUAAAGAGCUUGAUGAGAUCUGUGAUAAAUGCUAGUACUUAAAACCCGAAUCCCACAAACCUCAUUUGUUAGUUAGCUCACUAACAGAACACAAACUGUACAGUCUGUUCUAGAAGUAAGUUUUCCAGCCUUACAGCAGUUAACAUGGUAAGCCUUAGGAGAUAGUCUAAGCUGGGUGUGCUGGUGCACACCUUUAAUCUCAGUACUUGGGAGGUAGACGUAGGAUCUCUGAAUUUGAGGCCAACUUGUUCUACAGAGUGAGAUUCGUGCCAUUAGUUUCAUGGUGAGACCCUGCCUUAAAAAAAAAAAAGAAAAGAAAAAAGAAAAAGAAAAAAAAAUGGGCUUAGGUGAGGGUUAUAAAAUACCAAACUCUAAAUCAUGGACAUUUUCUCCACUAUGUACCUGAGGCAGAUUAGGAGUGUGAGAGCAGCCUGUCCUGACCCUCAGGGGAAAGUGUGUCACAUUGGCAGCAGGGUCCUGUGCUGGGAAUGGACACCGUUCCUCUUUUCUCCACAAACAGUGCAGAGAGCUGUCUGCAGUGGCAGUUUGAACAGAUUUCCUGGUGCCCCUCUGCUCCUGCGACACUACAGUAAGUAAAAGAACCACAGGGGGAGAUGGGAGCCUGGAAAUGAGCUGUGCUCUGCGCCAGCCUUCCCUGAGGAAAACCACCCUGCCUGCCGCUGUGUGAUAGAGCUCCACAGCGUUGAGUCAGGGCUUCUCCAUAAGAAAUCCCGUAGAAGCAACAAAAGCUAGAUGAGCUGGCCAUCAUGGUUUUCAGAGGUCAGAGAAUGCUGUCUGCUGUCACUGUCUGAGCAGUGUCACCGGGUGUGCUUCACAGACUGUCUGAGAAGUCUGGACAGGAGGACAGUGACUGGGAGGCAGGAGGCCUUCCUGAAUUCCCACUCUGAUGGACAGGAUGCGAAGUCACAAAGCCCUGCUUUCCUGACUGGUAGCAGUUACUCCUAAGAUGAGCCUGGCUUCCCGGUUGUGCUCUAUAAAGCUGUUAACAGUGAACUCAGCUCUCUGUAUAGAAAGGGAACGUUGUGUCAAUUACUGGGUUUAUUUCUACAGAGCUAUUGCUGCCAUCCGGUCUGAGGUGGCAGGAGCACACAGGAAGAGGAUUCUCCUUGUCUUUUACAAACCCUCCUUAGCUGUAUCUGAUGAGAGUAUAAGAUCUUAAUAAAGUUUUAUGUUCUUUUUGAA